GAGGCAAAAACAACCCCCGGACCGACCAAAACCCACGCGCCGCUCCAUCCCCGCGUCCAACGCCUUAGUUCCGCUGCCAUCACCACCAUGCCCAAGAGAAAGGCUGAAGGGGAUGCUAAAGGAGAUAAAGCCAAGGUGAAGGACGAACCCCAGAGAAGAUCUGCAAAGUUGUCUGCUAAACCUGCUCCUCCAAAGCCAGAGCCCAAGCCUAAGAAGGCCCCAGCUAAGAAGGAAGAGAAGGUACCCAAAGGGAAAAAGGGAAAAGCCGAUGCUGGCAAGGAGGGGAAUAACCCUGCAGAAAAUGGAGAUGCCAAAACAGACCAGGCACAGAAAGCUGAAGGUGCUGGAGAUGCCAAGUGAAGUGUGUGCAUUUUUGAUAACUGUGUACUUCUGGUGACUGUACAGUUUGAAAUACUAUUUUUUUAUCAAGUUUUAUAAAAAUGCAGCAUUUUUUUUUUUUGUUAAGCUAUGUUGUUAGCACACAGAACACUCCAUUGUUGUUUUUUGGGAAAGGGGCAUAUGUCACUAAUAGAAUGUCUCCAAAGCUGAAUUGAUGUGGGGAAAACACCUUUCCCUGCUAGUUUUAAGAGACUUCCUCUUGGCUUCCAGGAGGAGGGAUUCCCGACGUUGACACACAUAGCCACCUUGGUACAAACACCUUGUGGUGUGGAAAAAACAUUCAUUUUUUUAUGCCCUCUUCUCCCUUUCUGCCUUCAGCAUAGUCUUAACUCCCUUAAACCCAGACAUCAGUUGGGACCUGACCCCCAAUAACUGGUUACCAGUA